AUGGACGGCGCCGACGAUUGGUCUUGGGACUCCAUGUUCGCCGCGACGAAGAAGAGUGAGACAUUCCGCCCGCCUGUCGAUGCUUCCAUUGAACAAGAGGCUGCCAUCACUUUCGACCUGGCAAGCCACGGUAACCAAGGGCCAAUUCAUAUGUCCUACCCAGGCUUGUACGUUCUCUACAUCCACGCUGUGGAGGGUCGAGCGAGGGCGUUGAUCAGACCCUCCUUGAGUGCGUAG